AUGUUCUACAGGUGCAACAUCACACCUCUUCUUCCAGGAUAUAUUGGGCUGCUGCUUCCAGCUCUCCAGCAUUCACUCAAGACACUGAGAAGCAAACAUCUCUCCAGCUUUGGAAAGAUCACAACCAUGGAGUUCAACUUUUCUCAAUAUAUGCCUCAGGGAGACAAAUCCCACUUUCAAUUCGAGCAAUCGCCUACCAACGAUGCUGGGUACUACAGCGCCUGCGGCAGUCUUUCUCCGAGUUCCUCCAUCGAUUCUGGAUGUUUUUCUCCUCCUGCGAGCCAUUGGUUAGCUUGCAGACUGCCAGAGGCCGCUGGACACAUUGACUUCGACAGCCAACCUGCAAAAAAGCCUAGGUUGGUUCUACCAGCUGAGGGAAAAAGACCUUCCAGGUCUAAAAACCCUGGAACGAAGCGUCAGUCGGCCAGCGAAAGAGAGAAGCUUAGGAUGAGGGACCUGACCAAAGCCCUCAAUUAUCUCCGGACCUUCUUACCACCGUCGGUGGCUCCUUCCGGACAAACCCUGACCAAGAUUGAGACCCUUCGACUCACCAUCAGCUACAUCUCACACUUGUCAGAACAGUUGGGACAGAAUCAAGAAAUCUCGGGGAAUGAAACAACAUCACAAUGUUACGGCACACAAGACGUUUCAGAUAGACUUCAGUGUGGGCAGAUAUCAGGAACAUGGUGUUUGGAUGAACCACAGAAACACUUGGAAGACAACGUCCAGUACUGUCCGACAUUCACCAACUAUACAGACUCAACACAACAGAUGGAUACAAAAAUUCCUACUACCUCAUAUGUCAGAGAUACACAGUCUUGUAUGGUAAGGAUGCUUUUGGUUAUGUUUUGCUAG